CGAUGGCCCGUUUGUGUACUACUAUACCAGCACACCCCUAACUUGAACCUCUCCAGUCUCCUCCGACAUUCUCAAUCACCAAAAACCCUUGGAAGUCCCCUUGGUCAUUUUUUUCUUCUCAAAUUCUUCCAACACCUGGGUUGGAUUUGCCAUUCUCACCGGUUUCUGAUGAUGCAAUCAUCCUUGUUGAAUUCUGCUAUAUCUUUUGGACCUCACGUUUUCAACAAACCCUAUGCUGAAUCCUCAUUGUUUACCAAGAAGAAUCCGCUUCUCCUCCAUGAAUUUGUUCCUGCAAAGAAACUUGUAUUGACAGUCUCAAACAAGAAGCAGAAGCCACUUAUUGUGAAAUCUUCUAUCAAGGAUACAGUCAAAACAUCUGCUGUAUCAGUAUUUCAGUCCCUUGCAUCUUUUGAUUCAUGGGUUGUUCAAUCUUUAUCAAACUUGAUUGCUUUUAAACCUAAAGCUAAUCCACUCUCUAGCGGACUCUUCGUAGAGGGGGAUUUAAUACAGUUGAAACACAAUGGGAAACGUAUUCCUUUAAUGGUGAAGCACAUAGGGUUUUCGGAGACAACUCUUACAUGUCCUGGCGGAUUAAUCAUUCUUCACAAUCAUAAAAUCGAUAAGGGCUCGAUUACCAAUCUCACUAUAAGGAUGGGUACCUGCUACGAAAUUAGAUAAUGACCAGCCAGAGGACUAGAUGCAGAGCAGGUUGAGGCACAAGCACCUCUUGAGAAUUACUUCACAAUUAGAGAUACCUUGCUUUUAAAGCUGCAUAAGCUUAUCGACACGUACGAUUACUCGAGUAGUUUUACAUCAGAAUCGACUUGUAUCAUCUCAUAGUUAUCAAGUAAAGGCAAAAUAUAGGGUAAACCAAUACUUAUGUUUACAGUGUACAGAAUUUCAAGACGUAUCGUUGUAGUAAUUUCGACUUCUGAAUUCCAAUAUCUC